AUGGCAAUUUUCCAUGGUAUGGUGGAGGAUUUUGUUGAAGUGUUCAUGAACGACUUCUCGGUGUUUGGUGAGUCUUUUGAACUUUGCUUGACUAAUCUUGACAGAGUUCUUGCCAAGUGUGAAGAAAUAAAUCUGCGUUUGCAAGCAUUUGAGCUGCUGAAAAAGAAGUUGAUUGAAGCUCAUAUCCUGAUUGCUCCAAAUUGGGAGCUUCCAUUUGAGCUUAUGUGUGAUGCCAGUGACGUAGCGGUUGGGGUAGUACUUUGGCAGAGAAAAGAGAAAAUAUUCCAUUCCAUCUACUAUGCGAGCAAGACACUUGAUGUAGCUCAAUCGAAUUACACUGUGACUGAAAAAGAGAUGCUGGCAUUAGUGUUCGCAUUUGAUAAGUUCAGAUCAUACUUGGUGGGAACCAAAGUUAUAGUCUACACUGAUCACGGUGCAAUCCGAUACUUGUUUAACAAGAAGGAUGCCAAGCCGAGGUUGAUUAGGUGGAUUCGGUUACUACAAGUGUUUGAUCUUGAGAUAAGGGACAAGAAGGGAACUAAGAACCAGAUAGCUGAUCAUUUGUCUAGACUGGAGGAUUCAAAUCAUGUGAAGAAUGAGGGGCAAAUUUGUGAAGAGUUUCCUCAUGAGAAAUUGUUUACUUUGGACAUUGCUCAAGUGCCUUGGUUCAGAACUCCAAGGUCUAUGAUCAGUGAUGGAGGUACGCACUUUAUUAAUAAUUUAGUGUAUAAUUUGUUAGCCAAAUAUGGAGUGCGACACAAAGUGGCUACAUCAUAUCAUCCCCAAACUAGUGGGCAGGUAGAAGUGUCGAAUAGGGAGGUCAAACAGAUCCUCCAAAAGACUGUGAAUGCCCAAAGAAAAGAUUGGGCUGACAAGCUAGAUGAUGGCUUGUGGGCGUAUCGAACUGCAUACAAGACACCGAUAGGGACUUCUUCUUAUCGAAUGGUGUUUGGGAAAGCUUGUCGCCUACCAACUGAAUUAGAGCAUAAAGCAUAUUGGGCAAUCAAGAAGCUAAAUCUAGAUGCUGAGUUAGCCGGUAGGAAGAGAAUAACACAACUGCACGAGUUGGAUGAAUUUAGGCUCCACACCUAUGAAAAUGCUAAGAAGUAUAAAGAGAAGACCAAAAAGUGGCAUGACAAGCAUAUUGUGUCACGCACCUUUGAGCCUGGUCAACUAGUGCUGCUAUUCAAUUCAAGGUUGAAGUUGUUCCCCGAAAAGCUUCGAUCUAAGUGGAGUGGUCCUUUUGAUGAACCAACGUGGUCUUGUGGAGUUAAAAAACAAGGAUAA